AUGGAGCAGAAUAAGGCGCGACAUUCGCCAAAGGAGUCGCCAUCUCAUCACACAGAGAUGCUGCUGGCGUUACUGACGCACAGAGAGGAGUUACGGAAAGAUAUUCCUGUUUGCGCGGGUUGUAACCAGCACAUAGUGGAUCGGUUCAUCUUGAAGGUUCUGGAUCGACACUGGCACAGUAAAUGCUUGAAGUGCAGCGACUGUCAGUCUCAGCUCGCCGAGAAAUGCUUCAGUCGAGGAGACAGUGUGUACUGCAAAGAUGACUUCUUCAAGAGAUUCGGGACAAAGUGCGCCGCGUGCCAGCAGGGCAUCCCACCCACGCAGGUGGUCCGGAGGGCGCAAGACUUCGUGUAUCACCUGCACUGUUUCGCGUGUGUCGUGUGUAAAAGACAGCUGGCCACAGGUGACGAGUACUACCUGAUGGAGGACAGUCGACUGGUGUGCAAGGGGGAUUACGAGACCGCCAAACAGAGAGAGGCGGAUUCGACGGCGAAACGACCCCGCACGACAAUCACCGCCAAACAGUUAGAAACACUGAAGAACGCGUAUAAUAACUCACCGAAACCCGCGCGACAUGUGCGCGAGCAGCUGUCGUCAGAGACCGGCCUCGACAUGCGGGUGGUGCAGGUCUGGUUUCAGAACAGACGGGCAAAAGAAAAGCGUUUGAAGAAAGAUGCAGGACGUCAGAGAUGGGGUCAGUAUUUCAGGAACAUGAAGAGGUCACGUGGAGGCUCAAAAUCUGAUAAAGACAGCACGCAGGAGGACGGGAUGGACAGUGAUGCUGAAGUCUCCUUCACAGAUGAAGCACCGAUGUCCGAGCUCGGCCACUCCAACGGCCUUUACAGCAGUCUGAGCGAGAGUUCACCGGCUCUGAGCCGUCAGGGCGGAGGUCACGGUCAGUUCCCACUGGAUCACGGCGGCAUGCUUCCAUCCCAGGAUCAGUACCAUGACAUCCAGGCCAGCAGUCCCUACAGCCUUCCUCAGUCUCCGGGCUCGCUGCAGGCUCUUCCCCGACACCAGCCGCUCAUCUCCAGCCUGGUCUACCCCGAAUCAGGCCUGCCCAUGGUGGGACAGAGCGGAGGGCAGAACAUGACUCCGGGCGUUCGUAUGAUGGUCAGCGGCAACGGUCCCAGCUCAGAUUUGUCCACGGGAAGCAGCGGCGGCUAUCCGGACUUCCCUGCGAGCCCGGCGUCCUGGUUGGAUGAGGUCGACCAUGCCCAGUUCUGAAGACAAUAUGAGUGGAUUAAUAACUCUACGAUUGGGUCCGGUGAUCUGCUUUUUUCAUCCUUGGGAUGGAAUGGACAGCAGAGUCGGACUUUCGGUUCCAGAUGAGCUAAAGGACACAACAGUAUGGAAAACUUGGGCUCUUCACAAGCGAACGCCAUACGCCAGCAUCACUUCGACACUGUCCGGAUACAGUGCACCGACUGUACCAGCAAACAUCACUUCUCAUGGCUGUUAUUGGUGUUUAAAUGUGAUCUCACAGGUUUUGGUCAAAGCGUCUGGUCGUUGCCAAAUGUCUAUAUGCAUUAUAUAACAUGUUAUCAAUGUGUUGUCUUUAUUUUUAUACGACCCCCUCGGACGAUAUGGGAAACGCGGAUGUGUUCUGCAACAGGGAUAGACAAGUUGUAGUUGUUGUUUCUCUAUUG